AUGUCUGCCCGUCCCGAGCCUCCGGAGCAGGAGGACUUCGAUCCAUCCCUCACCGUGUUUGACGGCUCUUCCCCGGAGGAUGUGUCCCAUGCCAGGCAGCUGUGGGGCUCCCUGUCCCUGCUGCCGCCGCUGGAGUCGCGGCUGGUGCCGGCGGAUAUCCGACAGAGGCUGCCGGUGUCCCGGCCGCAGCGCCGCAGCCCCGCGGCCGCCGGUCCCGCGCCCUCCGCCCCGGAGCCGCCGAGCGUCGCCGCUCUCCGGCAGAGACAGGAGGAGAGACGGCGGUACGUGGCCAUGGCCGACCAGAGGAGGGAGAUCCUGGCUCUGUUGCGGAGGCAGAGAGAGCAGCGGAUCCAGAAGGAGCUGCUGUCCGUGGCCUGUAAACCGAAGGUGAAGCUCGGCGGAGAGAAAGUGCUGAAGCCGGCUCCGGACUCUGAGAUGGACGAGGAGCUGGUCAAACAGCUGCAGUAGGACAAGGACUGUGAUU